UGCCGUUUGGUCCUGUAUCAGGGUGGUGGUAGGUGGCUCAUUUCUCCGGAGGGGAAUGCAGUGUUAAUAUUCAAGAUGCAGUUCAUGCUUCUAUUCAGUCGACAAGGAAAGCUCAGGCUUCAGAAAUGGUACGUGCCUUUGUCUGAUAAGGAGAAAAAGAAGAUCACCAGAGAGCUGGUGCAGACAGUCCUGGCUCGAAAGCCCAAAAUGUGCAGCUUUCUAGAGUGGAGAGACCUCAAGAUUGUAUAUAAGAGAUACGCCAGCUUGUACUUCUGUUGUGCCAUAGAGGACCAGGACAAUGAGCUCAUCACAUUGGAGAUCAUCCACAGAUAUGUGGAGCUUCUGGAUAAAUACUUUGGCAGUGUUUGCGAGCUGGACAUCAUUUUCAACUUUGAGAAGGCCUACUUCAUUCUGGAUGAAUUCUUGUUGGGUGGGGAGGCUCAGGAGACCUCCAAAAAGAAUGUAUUAAAGGCCAUCGAGCAGGCUGACCUGCUGCAGGAGAGCCAGAGUGAAGACUGGGGAAGUUUGCCAAAUGAAGAGAUCUUGUAAUGGGCCUAGAGUCCAUCCAUGCCUCCAUCCAGGCAAUUGGAAGCAGAGACCCCACGCAGCGUGCUGGAGGAAAUUGGGCUGACAUAAACAUGGUCAUCAUCAUUAUCAUCAUCAUCAUCAUCCUCAUCCUCCACUUGCCACACACAUCCAUCUGCCAGCUACUCUGCUGUAUGUAGCCAGUACCAACUUCAGUUCACCUCUCAGCACACACAACCUCACAGUCACAUGCGCACACACACACACACACACACACACACACACACACACACACACACACACACACACACACUGUGGACAUGGAUUUCCGGUGCAUCUGUGUUCCACAACUCUGCCUCUGUUUUCUUUUUUUCCAGAGACAAACAAUGCCUGUGUAUCUUCUACUGAGUUAUUUAUUUGUUGAGUGUGAUGACGUUUACUGUUACCAUGGAAAAAUACAGCAUGUUAAGCUUUUUGCUGCUUUCCAGUCCACACCAAGAUACUGCACUGAGGGAACUGCUUGAUUUAAAUUUGACCAAAGCUGAUGGGAUCACUUCACUCUCUGAAGUAGCUUUAGUUUUGAAUUUCAAAUGUUUAAGUGAGACUUAUAGAAUAGUAUAUAUUGUAAAGGGAAGUCAAAAGUAUUACAUUAAAAAAACCAAAGAGUUAUGUUUCAUCUCAUCCAACAAUGCAUUGUGAUUAACAUGAACUUGACAGUAGUUUUGAGCACAACAUCUUUGGCAUUUGUAGUUUACCCACUGUAGUUACACUGUUAUGCACCAUUGCAGUCUUAACUGAAAUGACUGUGGAUGAACUGGCUUAAAACACAAUGCUGUAUGUGUCAUAUUAUGAGUAUUCUCAGUUUACAGACCAUUAUCACUUGUACAGUCUGACUGUUUGGUGUGUUGGUUUCUAAUGGCAGAAUUCCACUUAAUAUUGAAUGCCUUAAUCCAAUGGAUGUUCAUCCAUUUCAAUUAAAAGAAUAUAUUACUGUCCCAUUUGCAUGCCACUGCAAUGUAGCAGGUAAAUACACUGAGUUUAUUUUAUUAAUGUACAAUGUGAAAGAACUAAGCCGACUGUUCUUUUUCUUCAUGUUUACUACUGUGCUUCUCUUUUUCUGUAAAGGAAAAACAUGCAUUACAGUAACGUAAAAUAUCUAAUCAGUAUUCUACAUGCUCAUGUUAAGGCACCAGAUUCUUUGACUUAAAGCUGAAUUGGUCAAUUUGUGGCCACUAGGUGGCAGAACUCCAAUGCAAGAUGACUGUGACAUAUCACUGAAAUAUUAUGGCCUUUUUAAUGUUAUCCAACAGACAUGGAGCAACAUGACCGUCCCAUUAGAGCUGGUUUUCUAGUCAUCUGCUGAACACCAGUAUCCCUGUAGCUCUUUUUACGUUACCACCAACUCCUGAGGGGAAUAUCUGAAUAUUUAGCAGCUAGAUAUUUGACAUCAUUUCAACACAGAGGCUGUAGAGUUAGCAGCACAUCAACAGAGCAGCUGCAGCAGCUCCCGUGCUCCAUCUGUGUCUACACAGGGUGCAUUCAGGGUACAGUAUUAUAGCUACUGGUCAACCACAUUUCUGCAGGGCUCAGAUUCCAAUACACAAUCAUUGUAGUGUACUGUGUGUAAAAUGUGGGAAAAUAUACAUAAAACAUACAAAUGAAAAUAAACUUUGGAUUUAUGAAUAGCUAAAAUGUGAUCUGCUUGGAAACCUGAUUAGAGAGCUGGAUUAGUUAAAAUAGAGGCAGGUGACUGAAAAAUAUGGCUGAAACAUUUUCUGUGUUGACAGAUGUGCUGUAGCUUUCUUCAUUGGUUAGUUGAUUAGCUAGCUAUCUUUUCUGUUUCAUCCUGUGCUGGUAUAGUGCAGCAGGUAAGCAGACUUUGUCACCUAUAGUGUAAACAGCAGCCUGAUGCUGCUAGAAGUGAGGUGGAUGAGAAUGAUGAGACUUAAGCAUUCAACAACUGUGUGGUUGUUAAACCAAAACAGUGAGCUAAAUGAGGCUAAAAAGCUCCUCACAGUUAGUUGUAGGAUCCCUGUGGGUUUGUCAGUCCCCCCUUCCCAGAGUCCAGUUUAAAAUGCGGGCAUACACUGUAAAUCACUGUUCUCCCUCUUUCAUAUGUACUUUCAUACAGACCACUGACCAGCAUGACAGUUUAAAGCUCCCACAUCCUCUCAGGUGUUUUCACGUUUUAGAGCUCUUCCCAGGGUUAUUUAGGCCUAUACAGACUGUCAGUUGACAACUCCCUUACUCCCCUGUUUGCUUUGUUUCACCUGUUAAUGUGCAACCAGUUCAUACCAUUUGAUUGGUCUGCAUGGCUCCAGAAAACUCCAACCUGAGCAGAGGUCUAAUCAGGAAGAAUAACUGGAAACACCUAUAAGAGUGCACAAGGCCUUCAAAAAAUAUUUUUAAAGCCGUUUCACUGUCUACUCAAUAUUGGAAAUGAUUUAACAUAAAAACAAAGGAACUUGAUGCUGAUAGUCAUGUGUCAUACCAUACAGCAUGUAAAUCUAUUUACUACUGUGACCCAGAGAAAAGAGUGAUCAUGCAUAAAAUAGCAAUAGUCUCAUAAACUGUAGCAGAUUAUUACGAUUUUUUUAUGUACACAGCAGUUUUCAGCCACUUGGAUGAGUACUCAUACUCAUACACAGACAUAUAUUAGAUGCCUUGGACACAGGACUGUGCAAACAUCAUAAACUGGCAUUCUGUCUGUACAUUUUAUGUUUAUCUUGCAUUGUAUGUACAUCUUUAAGAAACUGGUAUUGUUUCAAACCAAAAAUGUGUUUAAAUGUUUUUUUUUUUCUGAAGUGCUCACUUUUAUCUUUUCCAUUUUGCAACUUCCUAUAGAUAUCAUGUUGAAAUACUGAAAUCUCUUCCUAUUAUCACUUUUAUAUAACUUCAAAUAAGCAUUUUCAUGUAAAAUUGAUUGUGUGUGUUGUUCUGUAUCUCAGAUGUGUGACCGAUUCUGUGCUGUGUAUAAAGUGAAAUAUACAGUAGCUACAGCAUGAGUGCAGUGCAACCUGUGUAUUACAUUACUGGACUUGUGUUUACUUGCAGAGGACAAAUUGUGUAGUUUACUAUUACAGUGUCUGACAUGGAUAAAGGAGGAAGGUUAUGUUUUCUUGUCAAGUUCAGCAAUAAAGAGUACUCGGGGGGCAGAGGGACUGUAUUGUCA